AUGGACGCUGACUCUUCAUACCUAUCGAAAGAUCCAACCAUUUUGUACGACUUUGUCGUUUCUACUACCCAAGCCAGCAUUAGUAGUGGCCUCUUUGAAUACAUCCACGAUACAACUCAGCCUAUCACAUAUCUCUGCUUUCUCGUCGAUGGUACGGGAAAUCCAACGAUUCAGAUCUCCCUGUCAGACCUCCUCGCCGUCACCGGCGGUGUAAACCCCUUUGACAUUGAAGCGACCACCCCGUACAACGAUCCCCGUAUUGGUAAACUCACCGCCGCGAGGUUCAAUGUUGGCAUCAAGCUCCAAAUUGGCAUGCCGCCUGGUUGCAUGCCACCAAGCAGCCUGCCUCCGGGUAACGUAACCAUAUUGGAUCCUAUACUUACCCUCGGCAAUAGCACCAAUAAUGUGCUAUUCAACAUGUAUUGUUCGGAGCUGUCUGUUAUACAGAACACCCCUGGCAGCUGGGGGGAUGAUGGUCAGUGGAAUAUCUUCAAUCAGCCAUAUGGAACGCCUUGGUAUAUUCAGACCCGCGUUGAUUUAAUCAUGCCACCACUUCCGAUUGACCUUUCAAACCCUUAUUUUUCGAAUCAUCCGGAUCAGAAAGCGGCGCUUCUAGCUCAACUGGAACAAAUGUCAAUUUCAGGUCUGACAUUUAGCUUGCAACAAUUGCUCUUGGAUCUCGAAAAUUCCACGCUAGAGACACCACCGAGCUUCUCGGGCAUCCCUCUAGGCCCCGCAAGGACUAUCUUGGAAUCGACGUUCAGAGACGUAUACGCCGUAAACGCCAGUAACCAUGGAGCACCCAUCCUCUCGAUCGCGGCGAUCCCCAGUGACGUACCAGAUACCUCUUCUCUGCAAAUGACGAGUUUUCAACGGCAGGUUAGCCAGCAGAAAGACGCAGCUGGCAAUGUGCUCCCCAUACCCUUGGAUCCUACGCUUAAAAGCGAGCAAGAAGACGCUUCUACACUCGAUUUCGUGUGCAUGACGCAAAACCGCUCGUUGCCUCAGCUUCCGAACUUUGCCUGGAACUGGGUCUUGCCAGUUGACGUUGACAACGAGAGUGGUGUUGUUGCAAUCAGGCGGGAAUCCUUCGCCCAGUUCCUCGUGGAUGAGAUCGUGACUGCUGUCACAAACUGCUGCUUAGCAUUGACCUGUACUACCUCGUGUGAUGCUUUCGGAGGCAGCGAUUAUCAUGUGGACCCUGACCUCGAACCUUAUCGGACCCCGUUAAAUACAUUCUCGGAAUCAGGACCAGAUGUCAUUAAUAUCGCAUAUAGCGGAUACGUAGAGGCCUACUCAUCGUCUGGAGCUACUGAGACUGGUUAUGUUUACGAUACUACAAUCAUCGACACGUAUACUAUUACCGUUGGUCAAAACGGCGAUCUGUCGCUGAUUAAGCAGGGAGAGUCCGCAAUUCAGGACAACUCCGACCCUGGACAGCUCGACGGCUUCCUGAACUUCUUCAAAGAUCUUAACGGCGUAGUCGAUAAUAUUACACAUCAGAUUGGAGACUGGGUGGGCACGAACUUGGAACCGGUCGAUUUCAAUAGUCUCCCGCGAUUCGUUUUCCCUGGGGCCUCAGUAUUUACCUACAAGUCAGUAUCGUUCUCUCAGUACCAAGACUUGAUAUGCGAAAUUACCUAUGUUACUCCGAGUGGUGCGGCUGCCGUGGGACAUUCUGCCACAACUUCUUCGUCUCGGCCAAAGCUUGCUCUCCCAGAGUCUGAGUCCGAAUUCGAGGCUGCAGACCCGCCAACGGAUCCCACUCCGACUACCACUUUGACUUCUUCUUCCGACCUCAUACUGAAUUACGUUCAGGGCGAGAUCGUGUCCCCGACAAGUAAGUUCGAGGCCUUGCAAGUGGCUGAUGGCCACUCCUUGCUCUUUGCAAUCGAUACCUCGAACGUUUUCCAUGUGAUUGAGGAGCAGACUGCCACAAUAAGCACUGGGUGGAAAUUUAGCGAUCUUUCCACAGCAUUGAUUGAAGCCGAGUUUCCAGCAACAGAUGCCAUAGUGCGCACUUUCGAUGUUGGACAAAGCGCCGUUAACGGAAAUAUCAGCCUUGCGAUGGCAGUCUCAUCUGAAGAAUCGGACAACCUCUACGUUUCUCUUGCAAAUUCGAGCUCUGAUGCAUCUUGGAUCGCGGCGCCAAUCAGUGAAACACCACCAACGAUCUUGACGAUUGUUGGGGUUCUCUUUGCCGAGAUAUUGGAAAGCCAGGAAUGUCUGGUUGUGGAUAUCUAUCGCCCUUCGACAUCAGGUGGAACAGAUAUUGAAUGCUAUUACAUUGACCCGACCAAAUUCAACGGUACUUACUGGGUCAAGCAUGAUGUACCUAUCGAUAUCGAGGCGGGCAGCUAUCAGAGCUGUAUUGGUCGAACAGGGGGUGAUGUUGUGGACGGCAUUUACACCUCAGGAGUUGCAGGGACCGAUGACCAACUCAUCUAUACGCCUAUCCUCAACGCGUGGGGCCAUGGGCCACCAACCGUGUCCCGACUCAUUGUUCCCUCUGGGAACCCUGUCUCGGCUAUAGCAACAGCUCGUAAUGCUGAUUCCACAUCCCCUCUAUAUGGAACUACCGAUCUUUACGCUGUGAGCAAUUCAGCUCUCUAUCGUUUUGCUGCCGAUGCCCAAGGAGAUAAUGCAUCUGGAGCGGUUCUCGUUACAAGCGAGGUUUUGUCGGGGUGCAGCAAGCUACUGGCUACCUCACAGGGUGGCGUUACAACUCUUUGGGGCAAGAACGCCAGCGACGAGAUCUUUUACAUCUCGUGCCUCGUGGCAGACCUUGCUGACCGUGACUCUUGGAGCAUUCCAAUCCCCAUAUUGUCCGAGAUCGAGAACGUUUCGGCGUACGUGAACAAAGCCGACGGCGGCAAAACUAUCUUUGCAGCUGGUAAUGGACUCGUAAAUUUGCAGAAGAUUGUGCAAGCUACCGACUCCACAACUAAGAUCUGGCGGACACAGCAGAUUAUACUCGAUGCUCCCAUUGAUCAGAAAGCUCUCUCGUUCAACUCAUACACGACGGUUGUCCAAUUAAGCGAGAACAACCAACCCGCUGCUGGCGCCACUCUUGUGGUUUCAACAGACUCACGUACGCCAAUGUACGCGAGUGGGAUCUAUUAUGUGUUAGGGCUCAAGCCAGCUUAUAUCAAAACCAAUGCAUCUGGCUCAAUGAUUUUCAUCGAGGCGACAGACGAUCUCCAGGCCGCUAUCAUCUCGAUCGACACGACCAGUGCAGGACCCAUAGUCUCCGCCGUCAUCAACCCAAUGGAGCAACCAUUCCAGAAAAUCACCAGUCUGAAUAGCUCGGACCUACUACGUGGAGCAAGCUUUCCAUCUCAAACAGUAGCGAGUGGAGUGGUAGGAACUCCCCAGUCUACGAGCUUAAUUGCUGCUUCGACUAGCGGGGAUGCUGUCGAUGCCAUCGUUAACAACACGAGCUCUUUAACGGCUGCCUACUCGAGCCUGAGCCCUAACCUCCAGGCAGGAAUCGCGACGGCUCCAAGAACAAAACCCAGCAGUCUCAAUCCCGAUGACAAUUUUGUAGAUGUGUUUAUAGGAGACCUUGUUCGUUGGCUGAAAUCUGGAGUGAGUGCUAUCAUUCAGAUUGUCCAAGACGCAGCUACCGAAACAUGGCAUUUCAUCGCCAACAUUGCUGGCCAGGCUUACCGAGCCAUCAUGGACACGGUCAAAGGUGUAGUGGGUGCCAUUGAAUGGGUAUUUGAUGCCAUCAAGACGGGAAUCGAAGAUCUUAUCCGCUUUCUCGAAUUCUUAUUCGGCUGGGAUGACAUUCAAAGGACCAAAGAUAUCUUACACAAUGUGGCCUCGCUCUUUCUCGAAGACCAAAUCGCUUCCAUUGAUACCAUGGAGGAGCAACUCGAUGCCAGCUUUGCAGCCGCGGAGGCAACGAUGAACGAAUGGGCAGGUACCACCGACUGGUCUCCUCUUGGUCCUUUUUCCUCACAGACUCCCGUGGCCAGUGAUAAGAACGCGAUGCAAGGCCAGACUGCAAGCUCACAGAUGUUGACGAAUCAUUACCACUCGCAAUCACAGAAUAUGAGCAUAAUCGGUGGACCUACUCCUCCCGGUGCUGUGGACAGUCUCAUGGACGAGCUGCUCACCGCAAUUUCCAACAAGGGUGCAGUUCUCGGGGCUGUUUAUGAUCAAUUAGAGCAGCUAGCCACGCAACCGGAAAGCGCAGCAGUCGAUCUUCCAGAACCUUUGAUUGAGAUCUCGGAACAAGUUCAGCAAGUCUUCGCUUCGCUUCUUCACUUCGGCGCUGGCAUAGUCACAAUAUUCCGAUUGGUCUACAAAAUCCCAGAAGCAAAGGCAGUAGAGGCCAACAGUCCAACAGCACGCUACUCGACUGUUCUUGGCAUUGUUGCUACCAUUCUCUCAGCUAGUGCCGAUCGGCUGGCCCCCAAAUAUGCCAUUCAGAACGAAGACGUGAUCAGAUUCUCCUUGCUUUUUAAAGCCCUCGGUGUGUGCAACGCAAUUCGUUUCAGUGGCUACGUAUCUCAACGGUUUUAUGAUGAUAUAUUUGGCCCGUUGACGAUCGUUGAGGCUCGUUCCAUGGGGGCGGUUAUGGACUCCAUCCUGGCUGCCUGUUCGUUUAUCGUCACAUGCUAUCAUUUUAAAGAGCUUUUCAACGACCCCGAGAACAGCAACAGAAUGGUGGCUAUGGAAGGAGAAGCUGCGAACUUUUUCUCGUAUUGCUCUCGAUUGUUGUAUGCGGGAGCUGUUGCUCAGAACGACCCAGUAAGUCGUCCGACUUUUGUGGCUUUUAUGGCUGGUUGUGAUGUUCUUACUGCUGGUUUUGAAGUCGCGACAGCUUUCACGGCCAUGUAA